CGAGGAGGCGCUCCGGCGGGUGACAUUCUGCUUUCCCAGCCGAGCGCAGCUGACAGAAUAACAUUGUCGGGACAGGGCGACUGGGCUCCGUAGACGCUCGGCAAGUUCGUGACGUGUUUGUCGUUUUGAGUAUACAGGGUUUAUUGCUGUCGUUUUAGUUAAUUUUCCAUUUAGGGAGAAUGUCUCUCGCUGAGGAGUAUGAAGAAGGGGAAUACGAGAGAGCGCCCAAGCGACUUAAGACAGCAGAGGUGGAGGAGGGCGAGGACUUGGAGGAGGGGGAGGACUCGGACUCGGCAUCUGCAGGGCUGCUAGGAGACGAGGAAGAUGUAGCGGGGCCAGGUGGCGAGAAGAGGGCCCAUUGGUCAACAUCAAAAUACGGAUCUGGAAGAAGGGACAAUGGGGAUGAUGCCCACAGGAUCGCUCCGUCUCCGGUGGUGCACGUGCGGGGACUCUGCGAGUCCGUGGUGGAGGCAGACCUGGUGGAGGCCCUGGAGAAGUUCGGGACCAUCUGCUACGUGAUGAUGAUGCCCUUCAAGCGACAGGCGCUGGUUGAGUUUGAGGGGGUGGAGAGCGCAGACAAAUGCGUGGCGUGCGGUGCAAACGAAGCGGUCUACAUCGCCGGCCAGCAGGCCUUCUUCAACUACUCCACCAGCAAGAGGAUCACCCGGCCCACCAAUGCUGACAACCCCAACAGUGGGAACAAAGUGCUGCUGCUGUCCAUACAGAACCCACUCUACCCCAUCACUACGGAUGUGUUGUACACAGUGUGCAAUCCAAUUGGUAACGUGCUGCGCAUCGUGAUAUUCAAGCGAAAUGGGAUCCAAGCCAUGGUGGAAUUUGAAUCCGUUCAGAGUGCCCAGAAAGCAAAAGCAGCUCUCAAUGGGGCAGACAUAUACGCUGGCUGCUGCACCCUGAAAAUCGAAUAUGCCCGGCCGACGCGCCUCAACGUAAUAAGGAACGAUAACGAUAGCUGGGACUACACUAAGCCAUACUUGGUCAGACGAGAACGGGGUAAAGGAAGACAGAGGCAAGCCAUUCUGGGAGAGCAUCCAUCCUCUUACAAUGACAAUGGCUACGGGUCGCACUGCCCCCUGCUGCCGCUCCCUGGCAACAACAGGUACAAGAUGAGCUCCCAUGACAUCCCUGAAGUGGUGGCCUACCCGCUGCCCCAGAUGUCCUCCUACAUGGCCCACUCCUCCAGCUCUGUCGCCAUGGUGAGCGGCCUGCACCCCACCAAGAUGAACUGCACCAGGAUCUUCAACCUCUUCUGUCUCUAUGGCAACAUUGAGAAGGUAAAGUUCAUGAAGAGUGUCCCUGGCACUGCACUGGUGGAGAUGGGGGAGGAGUACGCAGUAGACAGGGCCAUAACACACCUCAACAGUAUCAAGGUGUUUGGCAAGAGGCUCAACGUUUGCGUAUCCAAGCAACACGCGGUCAUCCCCAGCCAGGUCUUCGAGCUGGAGGACGGCACCAGCAGCUACAAGGACUUCGCCAUGACCCGCAACAACCGCUUCACCAGCGCCGGCCAGGCCUCCAAGAACAUCAUCCAGCCCCCGUCAUGCGUGCUGCACUUCUACAACGUCCCGCCCUGCGUCACCCAGGAGGAGCUGCAGAGGCUAUGUACGGAGCAUGAUGUACCCGUCUUCAUUAAGUUCAAGGUUUUUGAUGCAAAACCCUCCUCCAAAACCAUCUCGGGGUUGUUAGAGUUUGACACCAAGACACACGCAGUGGAAGCCUUGACGGUCCUCAACCACUACCAGAUCCGAAUACCAAACGGCUCCAACCCCUACACUCUGAAGCUGUGCUUCUCCACCUCCUCUCACCUCUGAGGCACAGUCAGGCUCUGGAAGAAGAAGGAGGAGGGGGCUGCCAGAGAGCCAGGAACCUGCCUUGAUAGAGAGGAAGAAACGAAGGAAGAGGGAGGAAAAGAGGCCUUUACGUCCACCUUCAUCCCAUUGCAACUCACCAACGAGAGAGGAGAGUCCUUAUUGUAAACACACAAGUGCAAAACACUGAAGAUUUUCAUUUUUUUCUUUCUCCUUCAGUUUUUUUUGUUGUUACUUUUUAUUCUUUUUAAGAGCCCAGAAUCUGGAAGGGAUACUGAGAAGGCCCUCUCUGUAAUAUCCUGCUGUCCUAGCUCACAUGGCUGGCGCUUCCUGAGAUAACUUGAUUUGGACGAACAAGAUUUUUUCAUUUGUUUUUGUUUAAUUUAAAGAAAAAAACAUGACCUACUUGGCCUGUUCAAUGUGUCUACAUUGGCCACACAGAUGGUUGACCGUGGCUAUGUGUAUAAGUAAUGUCACUGGCCUGUAUUGAGCUGUGUACUAUUUACCAAAUCCACAGAUCUGGUUUAGAUUAGCUGAAUUCACUGGGUAUGAGUGCCUGACUACCAGAUCUAAAGAUUGUUCGGUACUUCAAAAGAACAACAUGUUAAUAGCUUGUAAAAUUUAGAUCACAUUGUAAUAUAUAAAUGUGUAUAGUAUUUGAAAUUGGGUGGGCUGGGACGGGGUGGGAGUGUAGAAAUAUGACAAAAGACCUGGUGUCUAACUUUAGAGGAGAGAGCACUUUUACUGUCGAAGGGGAGCGCUUCGAUGAGUUUUAGACCCUGUGUUUGUACAGUGUUUACACAUGAAGGUCCACGCUUUGUGUAGGUGUCAGUGUUCCCCGUGCAUUGUUUCAGUCUUUGUACCCGGCACGUUGCCAUGUCUGGGGUUUCUCGCUGUGAG